CACACGUGCUGCGGAUGGUUAGUGUGAACCUUAACGUUGCCCCUCUGUGAACCAAUACGAAAUGUUUCAAUUAUGUGCGGAAGAGGAUAAAGACAGUUACUGUAACAAAUUAGGUAAACCAUCAUGAUCCCCAUCACAGAGCUCCGGUACUUUGCCGACACACAGCCGGCGUACCGCAUCCUGAAGCCAUGGUGGGACGUCUUCACAGACUACAUCUCCAUCGUCAUGCUCAUGAUUGCCGUGUUUGGGGGCACGCUACAGGUAACCCAGGACAAGAUGAUCUGCCUCCCCUGCAAGUGGGUGGUCAACAAAUCCUGCGAGUACCUCAAUAUGAGYUUCCGUGACCCCUUUGACCCAGAGCCAAAAGGCAUCCAGUAUGAACUGGACCGGCACCAGUACAACUACAUUGACGCGGUCUGCUAUGAGAACAAGCUGCACUGGUUUGCCAAGUACUUCCCCUACCUGGUGCUACUGCACACCCUCAUCUUCCUGGCCUGCAGUAACUUCUGGUUCAAGUUCCCCCGGACUAGCUCCAAACUGGAGCACUUUGUGUCCAUCCUGCUCAAGUGUUUUGACUCACCAUGGACCACCAGGGCUCUGUCUGAGACUGUAGUGGAGGAGAGCGACCCCAAGCCUCUGGGGAAGAUGAACGGUACCAUGGACAAGAAGGCAUCAUGCAUCAGCGAGGACGUGGAGGCCAGCGUGCCCAUGCUCCAAAGGACCAAGUCCCUCAUCGAGCAGGGCAUUGUUGACCGCUCCGACACRGGUGUCCUGGACAAGAAGGAAGGCGAGCAGGCCAAAGCUCUUUUCGAGAAGGUCAAGAAGUUCCGGAUCCACGUCGAAGAAGGGGACAUUGUCUACCGGCUCUACAUCCGCCAGACCAUCAUCAAAGUCAUCAAGUUCAUCCUGAUCAUCUGCUACACGGCCUACUAUGUGCACUACAUCAAGUUCAGUGUGAUCUGCACGGUGGACAUUGAGAAGCUGACGGGCUAUAGGAUGUACCACUGUGCUCACCCCCUGGCCACACUCUUCAAGAUUCUGGCAUGUUUCUAUAUCAGCCUGGUGGGGAUUUACGGUCUCAUCUGCAUGUACACCCUCUGCUGGAUGCUCAGCCGCUCGCUUAAGCGCUACUCCUUUGAGUCAAUCCGCGAGGAGAGCAGAUACAGUGACAUACCAGACGUGAAAAACGACUUUGCCUUCAUGUUGCACAUGAUAGACCAGUAUGACCCGCUCUACUCCAAACGCUUUGCGGUCUUCCUGUCGGAGGUUAGCGAGAACAAACUGCGUCAGCUGAACCUCAACAAUGAGUGGACGCUGGACAAGCUGCGGCAACGCAUCACCAAGAACUCCCAGGAGAAACUGGAGCUGCACUUGUUCAUGCUUAACGGAAUCCCUGAAACAGUGUUUGACCUAAUAGAACUGGAGGUGCUCAAGCUGGAGCUCAUCCCUGAUGUCACCAUCCCCCCCAUCAUUGCCCAGCUAGUCAGCCUGAGAGAGAUGUGGCUCUACCACACACCGGCAAAAAUUGAGGCCCCAGCUUUGGCCUUUCUGAGGGAGAACCUCAAGUCCCUCCACAUCAAGUUCACUGACAUCAAGGAGAUCCCUCUAUGGAUCUACAGCCUGAAGAACCUGAGCGAGCUGCACCUYACAGGGAACCUGAGCGCAGAGAACAACCGYUACAUUGUCAUCGAYGGGCUACGAGAGCUCAAGAGGCUCAAAGUGCUCCGUCUGAAGAGUAACCUGACCAAGCUGCCUCAGGUGGUGACAGACGUUGGGGUCCACCUCCAGAAGCUGUCAAUCAACAAUGAGGGCACCAAGCUGAUGGUGCUCAACAGCCUGAAGAAGAUGGUGAACCUGACAGAGYUGGAGCUGUUGCGCUGCGACCUGGAACGUAUCCCGCACUCCAUCUUCAGCCUGCACAACCUGCAGGAGAUUGACCUGAAGGACAACAACCUUAAGACCAUCGAGGAGAUCAUCAGCUUCCAGCACCUGCACCGUCUGGUAAACUUGAAGCUGUGGUACAACCAGAUCGCCUAUAUCCCCAUCCAGAUCGGCACCUUGACGAACAUGGAGAGGCUCUACCUAAACCGCAACAAGAUCGAGAACAUCCCGGGCCAGCUGUUCUUCUGCCGCAAACUGCGCUUUCUGGACCUGAGUCACAACAACCUGACCAGUAUACAUGCCGACGUGGGCUUCCUCCAGAACCUGCAGUACUUUGCUGUGACAGCCAACAGGAUCGAGUCCCUCCCGCCGGAUCUGUUCCAGUGCAAGAAGCUACGCACCCUUAACCUGGGCAACAACUGCCUGCAGACUCUGCCCUCGCGCUUCGGCGAGCUGACGGGCCUGACCCAGCUGGAGCUGCGGGGGAACCGUCUGGAGUGCCUGCCCGUGGAGCUGGGAGAAUGCAGGCUGCUGAAGAGGUGCGGCCUAGUGGUGGAGGAGGACCUCUUUAACACCCUGCCCCCCGAGGUCAAAGAGCAGCUGUGGAGGGCCGACAAAGAGCCGGUCUGAGGAGAGAUUCCAGAAAGCCAAAGGAGAGGAGUAAAGCGGGAGAGAGAAGGGGUAUUGGGCAGUGGAGGAUGAUGUCAUUUUAAAUCAGAAGCCAUCCUCCAAUUUCUCCCUCCACCAGCCUCCACUGGUAUCGGGAAGGAGAAAGGGGUGAGAGGUGUCAAUAUUUCUGGACGUACGUUUAGAGAAGGAUGGUUGGUUGGUGUCUUGGUUUUACUGGCUGAAUUUGUUUUUUUAGGUCCACAAGAUGCUCUUUAACAGACUAACCAGACAUAAACCUCUCUGAGAUCGAGGCUCUUUUUUAGUACUGAGUCGUCUCCGUAUAGACAGAGACCACAAAGGGACAAGGGGUUACAAAGCUAAGCAGUACCCCCACGGUUCGCCCAUGUGGUGAAAAUAAAAACACACACACUCCUAGAACUCAGAAAAAUAGUAUCUUCUGCCUAACUGAUCCACUGCUAGAAAGCCAGCGGUCAACAUGAAAGAGACGCUGUAUGGGAGUGGAAGGCUCAUGUAGCCUACCAAGCAAUGUGUGUGUGUGCUCCGUUUUCCAUCAUCUUCACUUUAAAGUAUACAGUCCACAAAUACCAGCAGUAUGUGUUUAUCCAAACGGCAGUGAGAGGACACAGGAUCCGACUGGCUUAAGGGAACACAUCUCGACGGCCAAUACAUCCAAAGCAGGGCCCUGUUCAUUAGCCACCAAAUGGAAGAAAAUGGUCUGAAACAGAGGGACUAUCAAUAAGAAACACACAUUUUUGUUUUCUGUUGCUAAAUGUUUUGAAACGUUUGAUACUGUGCCCUAAUGAAAAUGAUGGCUUAUACAGUACACGUUAUUGUGCAAUAUAUUCUGCCGGGAAAUCAARGAAGAGACACUUUUAUCGAUGGGACUUGGAGUAAACAACAUAAUUUGGAGGGAAAUUGCCACCUCAGCUGAUUCCUUCAAGACCAGCCAGGCAACUCUUGUUACUAAUAUGGCCUUACCUUUUGGGUCCUGUGCUGUACGUCCCACAUUGUCUAUGAUUAAAACCAUAAUGUUCAUGAUUUUGCUAAAUAUGCAGACAAAUGUAUAGCUGUUGUAAAAUUGUUUCGAGCAUAGGCAUCGAUGGUUUUAUUUUUCUCACCAACUGUCCCAAGUUAUUUUAGGAGAGGAAAGCCUAACUUUGGAGGAAAGGGAGAUUAAUUCAUCUUUGUUCACACAAUUAUUUUCAUUUUAUGUAUUAACAUAUGCCAUUUCCCUUUUUUCGCAAUGUUACUUACCGAUGAAAACUUUCCAGCUAGGUGUUUUGAAUCUAGCUCUGUUCUGAAAAGUUAGCGGUUUUGGAUUUGUUAGUAAAGGCGAGGGCCCAGAUGUGAAUGAAUGGAGAGUAGGAGUGCAUCAGAAAGGAGCAAACGAUCCCAGAGCAAAGGCUCGCUGGUCGAGACCAAUGAUGUAUAUUAACCCUGGAUUGCUGAUGCUAAACAUGCACCAACAAAUAUGUUUUUGUAUGUUUAGCUCAAAUAAUAUCAUUUAAAAGUAUGCACUAAGGUGUACCAAGAUGGAGGCAUGGUGGUUCCAACACAGCAUCCCCAAUUAGUAAUCAAGUGUGUAUAUAAAUCAUUGGUUGAGACCAAUGAUCUAUAUAAACCCUGGAUUGCUGAUGCUAUGUAUUGGCCAUUGAGAGGCCACCGGUCGGUCAUAUUGGCACUCCCCAGUAGGAGCAGUCCUCUAUAGGAAUGCAUGGAAUUUCUUUCGUAAACUCAGCAAAAAAAGAAACAUCCUUUCACUCAACUGUGUUUAUUUUCAGCAAACUUAACAUGUGUAA